CUCUGCAAGAGGUAAGAGGGGGCAGAGGCAGAGGCAGGCACUCAGGAGCCUCCUCAACACUCUACCUCCCACUAGCCACCCUGCUCAACGGCUGACAUGACCAGCACUCAGAUACGAGGACAACAGCAGCAUCCGGAGCUGACAAAGAAACACUUCAUUGAAGGAACAAGAGGCUGGCCCUCUGAUCAGCAGCACUUCCUUAAUAAGAUGCACCUCCCCAGGAUCAUGAAGAGAACCCAGUCACCCCACAGAGAGACCGUUUCCCCUGUCCUCUCAUACUACUCAGAGCCAGCCUACCUGCAGCACCGUAAGGAUGUGACUAGAGAUCUGGCCCCGCUGCCUGGUGCAACGAGAAGAGGAGCCCUGGAUGAGGAAGACCAGGAAGAGACGCUGAGCCUACGGAGCAUGCCCAGUAUGAGAAGCACCCUGAGUCACGCCUCAAAGGUGAAAAGGUCACGGGGCUUCCCGAAGAGACACACCGUCCCCGAGCUCAGACUGCCCCCUGUUACUAAGAUUCAUCCUGACCCCAGAGCCAGUCUGGAAUUGAGGGGUACUGGCUACCUGAGAUGUUCCAGACUUCCACCCAUCAUCAAAUCUACCACAACCCACGAGCAUCUGCACCUGGAAAGACCCCCAGGUCCAGCUGGGUACAGGCCUGAGAAGAAGGGAGAUGUUCCCCCUGGAUUUCCAGAGAAGAAGAGUGUUGGUCUGAAGAAGCAGGGAGACGUUCCCUCUGGACUACCAGAGAAGAAGACUGUUGGUCUGAAGAAGCAGGGAGACAUUCCCCUGGACUACCAGAGAAGACUGUUGGUCUGA